UUCCAAGAUCAGACAACCUUAAUCUUCUUGUCUUUGAUUCAUCCCCAGUUUCCUCCUGCAUGUCUGGAGUCAUAUCUGAACCACUCCUGAUCAGAUCUUUUGCUACCCACUUCCAUAUUAAUAUAUAACACUCUCUAUCUGUAUCUGUAUCUGUAUCUUAUUAGAAGCUUUGUUUCUUGAAUCAAAGGACGGACGAUUAAUUACUUUUCAAGAACAGUAUAUAUUGAUUGGAUUGUAGGUUUGAUCUGUAAGAGGAGAUAUGGACACUUUUUCACAUGUACCUCCUGGCUUUCGGUUCCAUCCCACUGAUGAAGAACUUGUCGAUUACUACCUUAGGAAAAAGAUCAACUCAAGGAGGAUUGACCUAGAUGUCAUCAGAGAUAUCGAUCUUUACAAAAUCGAGCCAUGGGAUCUUCAAGAGCUAUGCAGGCUAGGUACCGAAGAGCAAAACGAAUGGUACUUCUUUAGUCAUAAAGAUAAGAAAUACCCAACAGGGACUCGAACCAAUAGAGCUACAACAGCAGGAUUCUGGAAGGCUACAGGAAGGGAUAAGGCGAUUUACUCGAAGAACGACCUGGUUGGGAUGAGAAAGACAUUGGUCUUUUAUAAAGGCCGUGCUCCCAAUGGACAAAAAUCAGACUGGAUAAUGCACGAGUAUCGCCUUGAAUCGGAUGAAAAUGGAACCACAACUCAGGAAGAAGGAUGGGUGGUAUGUAGGGUGUUCAAGAAAAGACUACCCACAAUGAGGAGAGCAAGUGAGCAUGAAUCACCAAUUUGGUAUGAUGAUCAAGUCUCAUUCAUGCCAGACAUUGACUCACCAAAUCAAAACAACUCUUACUCGCACUUGGCUAACUAUAACUAUCAAUACCCUUAUGGUUCUUGCAAGAAAGAACUAGAUCAGCUGCAAAAUUACCAGAUUACCCCAGAUCACUUCCUUCAACUCCCUCUUUUAGAGAGUCCAAAACUGCUCCCCACCUGUAAUUCUACCAUGCCCAUUUAUGGAAUUAACAUAAACCAAGCUGGAAGUAUCAACUAUCAGCCAUCCUUACUCACACAAGACCAGAACAACAACAACAUUCAUCAAAAUCAAGAUCAAAAUGUCAAUAACCAAGUGACAGAUUGGCGAGUUCUUGACAAGUUUGUCGCAUCACAGUUACUUAGCCACGGUGAUGUUUCAACUAAAGAAAACCAUUACGCAAAUAUUGAAGACAACAGUCCCAUCUUCCACUCGCAUGACGAUCAUGAUACAUCAAAUUCUGAGCUCAUUACACAUCUGAACAAGCAAGAACAUGAGAGGUCCACGGUGCCAGAAGAUGCCUCAAAUUCCAUCUCCACUUGUCACAUAGAUCUGUGGAAAUGA